AUGAGGAGGCAACACUGUGCAUUUUCUCUGACGCAUCACGAGAGGCCUUCGGGUCUUGCGUCUACAUCCGGCAAAAGACUAACAAGCAUGAAGGAUUUAAACAAGAGAUGUUCCAAGAGUUUCUCCGACAAAGAUGGACCAGAGUUUCUCCGACUACCCGAAUCAGAAUGGCCUCGGGAAAUAGCUCCAGCAAUUUCAAAGGAAGAGGAGAUGGAAUAUCGCCAUGAGAAGAUUGUUGGUACAGUGACCACUCCCAAGAGUGAGGAAGCAAUUAACCCCCAAAGAUUUUCUAAGUGGAGAAGACUGAUCAGAGUAACUGCAUUUAUCCAAAGACUGGCUCGGAGGAUUCGAGCAAAACACAGUGGAGGACAACGGCAAGAUGGUCCCCCUACUCUCAGUGAACUACAAGAGGCUGAAACCUUAUGGCUUAAAGAGGCACAGAAGAGCCCAUACCGUAGAAUGCAGAAGAAAGAAUUUGACGCUCUCAGCCCUUUCGUCGACAACAAAGGAGUCAUCAGAGUUGGAGGUAGAGUCGACAACGUUGUAGUGUCAUAUGACUCAAGACACCCUGCACUUCUGCCCUACGGCCCCAGUAUUUCAUUGCUGAUAACAAGACACAUGCACCAAUGUGGACACGGUGGAGUGGCGAGCACGACUGCCAAGAUCAGAGCAAGAUACUGGAUACUAAAGGCCAGCAAAUUCGCCAAGUCCGUCAAACUCAAGUGCGCAUUUCGCCGAGAAAUGGUCAAGGUCGGACGAAACAAGACCGCAAAGCACUACGGAGUGAUUUUCACAUGGUUAAAUACCCGAGCGGUUCAUCUCGGAAUAGCAGUAGACUGUUCCACUAUGGAAUUUAUGCAAGUCUUAAGAAGGUUCUUCUCCAUUCGUGGCUAUCCAGCCCUAGUGAGGAGCGACAACGGAUCUCAGACGGUUGGAGCCGCCAGGGAACUGCGAGAAAUAAUUAAGGGUUUUGACGACAAUCAGCUGCGCGAGUUCUGUGCAGAAAAGGGUAUGGAAUGGAAAUUCACAACCCCAGCAUCACCGCAUGAGAAUGGAUGCGCUGAAGCACUCGUCAAGACGUGUAAAGGAGCUCUCAAAGGGGCAGUUGGAGAGAAAGUUUUGGCGCCAUUAGAAUUGUACACGUGUCUGCUCAAGAUCGCGAAUUUGAUUAACCAACGCCCGAUCGGAAGAAUUCCCAAUGAUCCAGAUGGCGGGGCCUACAUUUGCCCUAAUGACAUCCUGUUAGGACGGGUGACAUCACAAGUACCACAAAGGCCCUUCAAACAAACAAAAAAUCCCAGGCAUAGAGUGGAAUUCGUCCAAAGAAUAGUUGAGUCCUUCUGGAAACGAUGGAAGAGAGAUGUGUUUCCCACACUUUUCCCCAGGAGAAAGUGGCGCAUAGAAUGA